CUGUGAUUGCAUCCUCCCGGAAUUAUCGUCAUCAAUCGCACUCGAUGGCAAUUUUUCCUGCGCUCUUGAGUGUCUCUGGCAAUUUCCAUGGGCAAUUUUCUUUAUAUUGGAAAAUUGCAUCGUGCCUGGAAUUUACUCGAGCAAAUGGAACCCAAAUGAGUGCUCGUGUAUAAAAGUGUUUGCAAUUGCUGGGUUUCCGGGUAUUUUAUCACCAGGAACUGAGUGAAUUUAUCAACGUCCAAGAUGCAGGCGCACUGCUGGUUCCUCUUCAUCCUCAUUCUUGGCAAUAAUCUUGCGCAAUUUCGUGGGGAUGAUGAACUUUCGGUUGCACGGUGGAUUCUGGCAUUGGAAUCAUCGGCUCCAGAUCUGGAAGCUCUCCCUGAAUCUUCUUCCUCAUCUUCCUCAUCUGAGGAGGAAGAUAUUCCAUCUUUGGAGUCGCGAGAGCUGAAAACUAGCGCGAGUGAGAAAAACGAGGAUGUUGGUCAAGAAACAGCAGCAGAUGACGAGUUUCCCACAGCGAGAGUUUUCAUCCCGGAUAUUGGAAAAAUUAAGACAAUUGUGGAUAUUCUAAAAACAGUGGGAAGUGUCGUUGUUCCCAUUGUCAUUGAGGACAUUGAAGGGCUUGUUUCGAGCAUUGAACCACCUCCAGGAGAACUUGAGGCAAUUCGUACCCCAAAUGAUGUUGUUUCAUUCAAAACUCGGGGUGUUAUGCUUCUUCGUAAUGUCAGGAAGUCUCUGGAAAGCUUCAAUCCUCUGUAAUUUUUUAUGUAGCUUCUUUAGAAAAUGAGAUAUUAAUUAAAAGAAAAUCAGUUUGUUCCAAUUGUUUAACGGUCUCUAUUCAAAAAUUCAAAUUGACAAAAAAUUAUUCUAUCG